AUGAGUUCAGCAGAGAAACAAAGUAAAGAAGAUAAAAAGGGAAAGAAGAUACAUCUUGAUAAGUCAGAUUUAUUAUGUAAAAAUGGUUGUGGAUUUUAUGGUAAUCCAGCCUGGCAGGGGUUUUGUUCCAAAUGUUACAGAGAAGUUUAUCAAAGUGCUAAACAAGCUCAACUACAACAUGAUCAAUAUCAACAAGAAGCCAAAACAAAAAAAAUAGAUCUACCAGCAUCAUUCAAUAAAUUUGCUGAAAAGAAAACUCAACAGAGUAAUAAAAGAACCAAUACUGUUAAAGCUAUUUUUAGGAAAACACCAACCAAAGACACAUCUUCAGACCAGUCAGGUCAUGUGAAGAAAGAAACUCGCAGGUCAAGUAUAGAAAGCCAAAAAGUGGGACAAGAUUUCACAGAUUUUCUGAAAUCAUUGAGAAAACCAGCAGCAUUAGAAAUCUCGAAACAAGUGAGAGGUUUUAUUGAGAGGAUGCCACAGUAUGGUGAUUAUCCUAUAGAUGAUGUAUCAGAGAUGGUGCAAGAUUUCUACCAAACAUUAAAUGAUAAAUUACAUUCCAUGUCAGUAUUCAAGGGUGAUCAUGAUGCUAUAGAGAAGAUAAUGGAUUUUACAGAAAGAUAUAUAUUAACUAGACUGUAUAGGAUAUUAUUUUGUCCCCCUACCACUAAUGAUGAAGAAAAAGAUUUAGCUAUUCAGUCUAAAAUACGUAGUUUACACUGGGUGACAGCUCAACAACUAGAUGCUAUGAUCAAUGAAAAAGAUUCUGAUAUUAGACUUGAAGUAGACAAAGCUAUCACAGAUAUAAUAGAAAUGGAUUCUAAAAGAGCCACUCAAGACAAGUUAGAAAGUGUAGUCAAAUGUAGUAAACAUAUAUUUGAGGCUUUACGUCAGACUAAACAAGGACCAGCUAGUGCAGAUGAGUUUUUACCAGCUCUGAUCUAUAUUGUAUUAAAAGCUAAUCCACCAUUAUUACAAUCCAAUAUACAGUAUAUCACAAGAUUUGCUAACCCUAGUAGAUUAAUGAGUGGUGAGGCUGGAUAUUAUUUUACCAAUUUGUGUUGUGUUGUUGCAUUUAUUGAAAAUCUUACAGCUGACUCUCUAAGCCUGUCUCAACAAGAAUAUGAUAGAUAUAUGUCAGGGGAACUAACUCCAUCAUCAGAUACUCAAUAUAUGUGUGAAGGACUACGAUUAAUGCAUGAGAAUUUACGCUCCCUAUCCGACAUGAGAACAAGGCAAGAAAAAAUGAUGGCAGAAACCCUGCAACUACAACAAGAUAUGGUGGAAUUUAAAGAAAACUUUAUUAAAGAAAUCCAUAGGGUUGUCAUGAGUAACCCAUUAAUUGUAAAGCCAAGGAAAACAAAAGCAGACCUGGAUGAAACAGAUGACACUAAGAAUUUAAAUCUUCCUUCACCUUUACUUCCACAACAAGUUACUCCUCUUGAUGCGAACUCUUCAGCUAUGGGAGGAGAGAAUAUGAUGGACACUUCAACUGGUCAAAUGACAGUGCAAUAA